UCCAGGCAACAAUGAUCUACCUACAAGAAAUUGCAGUUAAUAUACUUCUUUUACACCAUUUAUCUGCCCUAAAACAUUAAACAAACGAGAGACAAAUAUUGUCGAAUAUUGUCAUCAGAGGCAUAUGUAACUCCGCGGUGAUGGAGUAAUUAUUUGAGUUCAAUUUGACGAAACUGAUAACAACAAAUACGUGGAGAAUAUACUGCAUCAGUAUUCCAUUUUUUUUUCAAUGUAUAUAUUCUAAAAUCGAAUUCUAUACGCUAUUGGAAACAUGUUCAGGUCUGUGUUAUUGGUCGCAUUUGUCGUCAGUUCAGCAUACUCAGCUGGUGACGAUAAAGGUGGAGAAGGUGCAUGUGCUUUACCCUGGAUACAAUUUGAAGACCAGUGUUACACCGAACCUGGUUAUACAUCUGGUACUUUUAUGACUUGGAGCGAUGCUAGAGAGGAAUGCAACAGGAUAGGUGGAGACUUAGCCAUCAUUCACUCCCAACAUGCUCAGGCCUUUCUGACAGCAGUGAUGGAAUAUGAACUACAUGAUGUUUGGAUUGGUUUAGCAAACGACCAAUCCACACCAAGGUUUACUUGGAUCGAUGGUUCCUCACCCAACUACACCAACUGGGGUCGAGAGCAACCGGACGGAUAUCCGGAGAGUACAGGACCAAAUCCACCGGCAUGUGUUGUUAUGAUGUCGAUCAAAACAGAAGCUGGGAGGUGGAAUGACCAAGAUUGUGAUCGACAGUUACCUUAUUACUGUCAGAAACCAGUAGAUCCGAGCUUGACACCCCCUCCACCGGGAGGUAUUUCACUUUGUAGACAGGAUUAUAUUUCCUACUUCCAGGGGUGUUUUAAAUAUGUAUCCGAUAAUCUGAAUUAUGAUGAGGCUGAGACCGCUUGCGCCAAAGACAUGACACAUCUGGCAACAAUCGGUGACGCAUACGAUGAGGCUUUUAUCGAGACGCUCAUGUACGAAAACGGACACAACUCGGCAUGGAUAGGACUGCGCAAGCAACAGGAUUCUGUCUACGAAUGGAAUGAUGGUUGGCCCGUAUACUACACUGCGUGGGGUGCAGGGGAACCCUCUGGGGGAGAGGGGGAAGGGUGUGUCGAAGCAACCGUUCUAGGACAUUGGGAUGAUACCAUGUGCACCAAGGGACAACCUUUCAUCUGCAAAUAUACAGAUACCUCAAUACCAGUACCAGGGCCCACCUCAGAUGGUUACUGUGAACAAGACUGGAUAGAAUACGGUUCCCAUUGCUAUCUUUUCAUGACGAACAUCGACAAAGUGCCGCGUACAUGGUCAGAAGCUAACCAAGACUGCGUGGCAAACAACGCAACACUCUUAACGGUGCACAGUGAAGAUGAAAAUUACUUUAUUCUUAGGCAGUUGCAGUUGAGAAGCGCAGACGAUGAUACGACGAAGACACAUGUCGAGGCAGCUGGUGACUUGUGGCUGGGUGUCUUGAGGAACGAUGAAGGAGGUUUCGAGUAUUUAGAUUAUGAACCAGUGGAUUAUGUGAACUGGGGAACAGGAGAACCACAUAACGGAGAAAACACAUACUGUGUCGUCAUGCAGACGGACAUCGUAGGACAUUGGGCUACUUCACAAUGCGAUAUCCUCAUUAAAUACGGAUGCAAAAAAGCAAAACUUCCUGUUACACCAUCGCCUCCUACGUCACAACCUCAGAGUGGAGGAUCUACAGUUUCUAGUCAACCAAUACUAAGCACAUUAACAACAUUAUCUACAUAUACAACCAAUGGACCGUCAGAUCCUUCAGUCGGACUAUCGCCUGGUGCAAUAGCUGGUAUCGCAAUUGGGACCAUUGCAGUUGCUGGACUCCUAGCCACUGUUACAGUCUAUCUCAUCGUUAACAAAAAGAAGUCAGUGCCACAUUCACAAUUCAACGAUGAAAUCGAUAUCUCUAGUUCCAAAGAUGCUUCAAGGCCGUGAUUUACAACAGAAUUCUAAUUCAGUAUGAGAC